CGCCCCGCCCCGCGCCGGCGGGCGCUCCUCCCUCAGCGGCGGGAAGCUGGUGGCGGCGGCGGUGGCGGCGGCUGAGCAGAGGAGCCAUCGGGCGGCCUCGCGGGUCAGGAUCGUCGUGACAAAGUCCUACGGCUUGCUGGAAUAGAGGGUCUCCGCUGCUUCGCCUCUCCUGUGGCCUUCGUGUGGGACGCACGAGACGGCAGGACCCAGAUAACCGUUCUCUCAAAGACACAAUGUUUGCACGGGGACUGAAGAGGAAAUGUGUUGGCCACGAGGAAGACGUGGAGGGAGCCCUGGCCGGCUUGAAGACCAUGUCCUCAUACAGCCUACAGCGGCAGUCGCUCCUGGACAUGUCCCUGGUGAAGCUGCAGCUUUGCCACAUGCUUGUGGAGCCCAAUCUGUGCCGCUCAGUCCUCAUUGCCAACACGGUCCGGCAGAUCCAAGAGGAGAUGACGCAGGAUGGGACGUGGCGCGCAGUGGCACCCCAGGCUGCAGGGCGGGCGCCGCUCGACCGCUUGGUCUCCACGGAGAUCCUGUGCCGUGCAGCGUGGGAGCAGGAGGGGGCACGUCCUGCCCCUGGGUUGGGAGAUGGCCACACACAGGGCCCAGUUUCUGACCUUUGCCCAGUGACCUCAGCGCAGGCACCAAGGCACCCGCAGAGCAGCGUCUGGGAGAUGGAUGGCCCUCGAGAAAACAGAGGAAGCUUUCACAAGUCACUUGAUCAGAUAUUUGAAACGCUGGAGACUAAAAACCCCAGCUGCAUGGAAGAGCUGUUCUCAGAUGUGGACAGUCCCUACUACGACCUGGACACAGUACUGACAGGCAUGAUGGGGGGCACCAGGCCAGGCCCCUGUGAAGGGCUCGAGGGCUUGGCUCCAGCCACCCCGGGCCCUAGCUCCAGCUGCAAGUCUGACCUGGGCGAGCUGGACCACGUAGUGGAGAUCCUGGUGGAAACCUGAGCAGGAGCCCUGAGCGCUCACAGCCGCCUCUGACGCGUGGACACGUGAGCACUGGCUCCCACGGAGGGUGCGCCUGCCGCCAGCGGCCCAGCCUUGCUGCCCUGUCUGCUGAUUCUGAGAAAUCCCAGAACAGCCCAUUACCAGUGGGGUCUGCAGCCCCAGGCCCAUCCCACUUACUUCCCCCCUGUGGAGGGCCAGGCAGAGGCUGUUAUCCUGGAAGGCCUGUGUCUCUGGGCCAGUUCUGAUGUCCCCACAGCCCUGGGACCCUUGUGUCUCUUUGUGUCCCCCACUGUAGAGGAUGGCAGGCCACAGCUGCAUCAACCUCCUUUACAUUUAGAUAGGUGAAUUUUUACAAUUCAGUUUUAUAUGUUUUGGGCAGUAUUUUGUCUUAAGAUAUAUUUUUUAAACUUUUUAUACCUUAUCUCUUUAGAUUUUUUCAGCUAUUUUCUUAAAAGUAUAUUUUUUCUAUAAACAUCCUUUGCUGCUACAUUAGAACUUUUAUAGCCUAAACAAUUGCAGUUGGUGUGUUUCGUUUUUUUAAGGUUUCAAUAAGGGCUUUUUUUUUUUUUUUUUUUUGCAGUGAGCAUCACUACAGUCUGAGUCAACAGUGUGAAUGUAUCAUGUUUUACUUUAAAUGUGCGUGUGAUGAUACUUCAUUAUGUUCUGUGCUACAGUGAGAGCUGGGUGAAAAUCAAGAACCGUACACAGCUACACUUUUUUUGUCGUUAGAAAAUCUGUGGGAGCCACAUCUUCCUAGACUUAAGUGUAAAUUAUGGAGGAUUUUAUUUAUGUCUAUUUAUAUGUAAAUGUCAUUGAAGACAAAGGUCAAAUAUUUGUUUGUCUGGAGAUCACGGGCACCAGUUGGUCUUCAGGGACCUCAGAGCCCCUCGGUGGUGCUUUCUUAAGGCAGUGUUUCUGGAGGCUCCCGUCAGGGUCAGCCCAGGCACCCGCCCUGGGUGAGGAAACAGCAUUGCUGCUGGAUGAGAAAUGCCUGCACUGCUCUGUUAGAUUGGUGCUGAAACAAAAGGUUAAGGCUAGGUUGAAGUCUAGAAUGAAAGAGAUCUGAAUCCUUGUUGUCAUUCAUGACACCUUGAUCUGUAGGGCCAUGGGUGCUGCCGCAGGCAGGGAGUGAGCUGGGGGUGCCUGCGGCCUUCCGCUCCUGCCCCGCCUCACCCCACAUGCUCCCUGUUUCUCAUGCUUUCUCUAACUUCCUUACCCCUUAACCAAAAAGGUGUGUUUUCUUUUGUGCAUAUAGCCAUUCUUAAAUAUCAGUGAUGUAAACCUUACUUUAUUAAAAAAUUAUCCAGCAAACAAAAUGGGAAUGUGGCGUUAGUUACGGCCUGACCCUCCAGCGACCUUUCUGCAGGAUCGGUUCCGCUGUGUUAUCUAAUGGUGCUUUGUAAGGUGGGGAAAGGAAUUUCACUUGGCUGCAUUAUUAAAUGGACGCUGGGUUACUUUUAUUCCCCCCCACACAGGGUUGCAGAGCAAAUUAUUUUUACCUCGUUCAGCACCUGGCUGGGGCUGGGGGUGUCCACGACCUCUGACAGUCCCCUGAUGUCGAAAGUUAAUCCUCAUGGACCCUAGUUUAAAGGGUAUGUGUUUUAUAGCAAUAAACCUAAAGCACUA